CAUCUCUCUUUUUUGGCUGUUAAGUUCCAAGAAUUUUUGUCACUGGUUAGAACUUAAGAGCAAUGGCAAUGGCAACGGCAACAUCAACUCUGCAAGUGCAGCUCCCUCCUUUCUCUUCUGCUUCUUUCCUGAACAACAAAAGCUUCAAGAACUACUGCUGUUCGACUUAUAUUCAACCUUCCAAUUCAAGUUUUAAACGCCUUCAAACUAGAGCUAUCAAAGAGAAAACUGAAGAAAGGGAAGCCCCAUCAUCAUCAUCGUCGUCAUCUUCUUCUUCUGUUGAGGAAGUUACCAAGAAGUAUGGUCUUGAAGCUGGUCUUUGGAAGAUAUUCAGCUCAAAAGAGGGAGAGAAGGAAGAAGGUGAGAAAACUAAAUCCAAGGGAGAUCAAGCCAAGGAGCUGCUAGCAAAAUAUGGAGGAGCAUACCUGGCCACCUCAAUUACUCUGUCCUUGAUUUCCUUCUCCCUCUGUUAUGCACUUAUUAGUGCUGGCAUUGAUGUUCAAGCGUUGUUGCUGAAGGUGGGAAUUUCUACUGAUGCAAAUGGGGAGAAAGUUGGGACAUUUGCUUUGGCAUAUGCUGCACACAAGGCUGCAUCUCCGAUUAGGUUCCCCCCAACUGUAGCUCUUACUCCCAUUGUUGCUGGUUGGAUUGGAAAGAAAGCUGACAAGGAGAAGUAAAUCAUCUGGCCAUCCUUCAGAUUUAGCAUACAGCAUUUUUUUCCUGGUCUAGAUUGCAAUUUUUCUUUGAUGUCAGUGAUAAUUUUCGUGCAAUUCUCCUUGAGAAUGAGACAAACUUUUAUAGUGGGUUUUUCUUUUAUUCAAACUUGGACCUUGCAUGUAAAUCAUAUUCAAUAUGCAGGCCUGUAGCUUGGACCAAUUGGAAACAAAAUCUUUGACUUCAGAUCUUCA